AUGACGUCGGGUGUGACCAGCAAGGGUGUAAGGAUCCCGCCCGCCCGCGCCUCGCUCAACCUCAGCGGUGUUCACCUGAAGGUGGCGCUGUGGUCGUGUCAUAAGAACGCCGAGUUUACUCUGGCAUCGCGCGUUCUCCAAGAGCUGUCUACGUUCAUGUACUUUACCUACACCGUCACGGCACGCUGCUACGGCUUUGACGGCAUAGUCGCCGGGAUGGGAGCGGGAGAGAUAGACAUCGCAGCGUAUCUGCGAAUGACGGAGCGACGGCAUCGGUUUGUGACCUUUCUGCAUCCGCUAGACGAAUCCCGUUACACUUUCAUAAUCCGUGCGGAGGUGGUGGACGAGGAUACAACACCGCUGACGAUACUCGCUCCAUUCCAUCGCAUCACGUGGCUGUUCCUGGGAUCCGUGCUGCAGCAGGGCGGCACGUAUAACGCUGUCGACAUUCCGUCACGGAUGCUGGUCGGAUGGUGGUGGCUGUUUGCUCUGGUCAUAACAGCGACCUACUCUGCCAAGCUGGUCAGCAAUCAAUCGGUACAACACAGCCAUUCUUACCCGUUUACAUCCAUACAAGAGGCCGCCACUAGUCCACUGACACCGCUCCUCAAUCGCGACCAAUCAGAAGAGCAACUGCUCUCCAACAGUGACCCCGAAUCUGACCUCGGUCAAUUGUGGCGCCGCGUAGUAGACGAUGGCGCAAUCAUCGAUUCAAAAGAGGAGGCGUACGAGCGCGUGUUGUCCGGUGAUUACAGCUUCAUCAGCGACAAGACUCUCGCCAUCCUCUUCUUCGCCAAAGACUACCUACAGCACGGCCACUGCCGAUUCACGCGGGUGCCCGUCUACUUCUACCCCGGAUACCGAGGCUUCGCCGUGCCCAAGCACUUUCCUUACACGGAGCAGCUUAACUACGGCAUUCAGACGCUGUCAGAGCGAGGAUUUAUCAAUAAGUGGAAGAAGGAGACGUUGCCAGAGGGAGCCGAAGACUGUCUUCAGUUUUACCCGCCCGUCGUCGGCGCCCAGUCGCUCUCCUUCUCGCACACCCGCAGUCUGUUCCUGACUCUCGUCAUGGGUAUAGGGGGCGCUGCCGUCUGCUUGCUGGUGGAGAUCGUCAUACAUCACGUGAGCAGGAGGAUCCGUACCCCGGCACCCUCCACGCGCACCGUGGAGAUGCUCAUCGUAGAGGGCGCCAUUGCUGCCUACGUGGCGGAAAACAGCGAGAGCACCACAGCAGCAGCGCCCCCUAGUGGUCUGUCUGCGGCUUCCGCUGACGUCAGCCGGUCGUGUGAUGUGUAG